UCAAUUAAAAGCCCUGUUGAAAAUAUCAUAGCAAUAUAUGAAGAAGCCAUUCUUACUGGGGCUCAGCCUAUGGAAGAAAAGCGACAUGCACUUGCAGAUAUCCUAACGAUGAAGAGUCAAGUGAAGGGUAAUGAUGGGGAGAAUGUUGAUGAGGUUUGUUCGGCUAAUGAAGAGAUAAAAAAAUUAUGUGAUGAAGUUUUAAAUCAGGAUAAAGUUGAUGUAGCUGGGACAUCAGCAGAAGAAAAUUCAGAAUCAAAAGAUAAAGAUCAUAAUACAAAGAAUGAUAAAGUGGAAGAUUCAACAAGUGUUUUAGAGACUCCUGAUAAGGAAACCAGAGGGUCUUAUGCUAUUAAAUAUAAUGUGUCAACUACUCCAUACUUGCAAAGUGUAAAAAUGAAGAUGAAUUUUGAUGAAAAUAGUGCUUCGUUUAAAGACUUGAAGUUUAUGACACCAGUGAGGCGUUCUCGAUGUCUUCAGGAGAAGUUUUGUAAAUUACCAGGUAUGUUAAAAGACCAUUAUCCCUGUGUUUCUUCACUGGAACAGUUAGCAGAACUGGGAAGUGAAACCAGUGCCUAUAUAUGCCGUCAAAAUACUGCAUUAUUUUUUGAUCCUUUAUCAAAUGCACACAUCCCUGAAGAAGUAAACCAUUAA